AUGGCAGAUGGGAAAAGAAAGAAGUUUAUCAAGAGAUUAGAAGUAAGCCCUGGGGUAGUGGUGGAACGGGAGAAUCAGAUUGUCAAUGGAAUUUAUGACUUUUAUUCCAAGCUUUAUUCGAAGGAAGAGAUGACUAGACCGGGGAUUGAAGGUCUUGAAUGGGGACCUAUUGAUCAAACAGUUGCAGCAUGGCUUGGAAGACCAUUUGAUGAAAAGGAAAUUCGGGAGGCAGUUUUUUAUUGUGAGAGAGACAAAGCUCCAAGUUUGGACGUGAAUAAGAAUUUCAUUGGGGGAGACUGUGUCGAUGGCGUAAGGGCUUUUGUGAAAGGAAGACAAAUCUUAGAUGUAGUUCUAGUGGCGAAUGAAGUAGUGGAUGAAUAUAGAAGUUUAGGAAAGGAAGGAAUUCUUUUUAAGGUGGAUUUCGAUAAGGCAUAUGGUCACGUGGAUUGGGGAAAUAGAGUUAGUGCCAUACAUUUACAGUAUGCGGAUGAUACCAUAUUUUUUUCAACAAGGGAUGAAAGUGAGAUAGUUAACCUUUAUUCGAUUUUGAGACUUUUCGGGGUAAUCUCGGGGCUUAAGGUUAAUUUGGAGAAAAGUAGGGUGGUGAGCAUUAAUAUGCAGCAAGAUCUGCUUUGGAAUAGGACGGCUUUUUUAGGAUGUGGUAUAGAGGCACUUCUGUUUAAGUACUUAGGUCUUCCAUUGGGGGGUAAUCCUAGAAGUGAAGCUUUUUGGAAUCCAGUUGUGGAGAAGAUUGGUAAGAGGUUGAAAGGGUGA